UAAAUAUCAACACCUUAUUAAUUUUGAGUAUUAAUAAUGUUUAAUUGCACGCUAGUUUGAACAGGUGGGAAGAACUUUUAAAAAAGCAAGUAUUGAUAGAUUUACGCGAAUGUUUCACGCAAACUUGAAAAAGACCGUCUAUACGAAGUAUUAAUAUAAAAAGUAGGCACGCCAGCGCGUCUGUGCGUGUGUGUUUGUAUGAAUAUGUAUAUACGUGUGUAUGUGUGAAUUUCCGUUUAAAAGAGCGAGAGAGAGAGAGAGGGGCAACUAAGUGAGUUAGUUUAAAUUAUGAUAAAAAACUUUCCAUUUAAAACAUAGGAAUAGAAAAGCUGUUGCAAUUUUGAGAUAUUUACUAGUUGGUACUUAUUUGUUGGGUAGUAAAGAUGAAUAUAAUAAUUUUUUUCAUACAAAUCUUAAUUUGUCUUACUUCGGCAAAGACUACAAUAAAAACUGGUAAAUUAACACACCUAAUUGGUAAACCUGAAAAUAAACAGAACGAUGGUUGUGGCUAUUCGAAAAAUAACUACGAUUUGUCUUUGAAAGCUGGAAGUAAAGUUCUGACAGUUAGACGUUUUGUCACUGAACAUCAAUGCAGAAUUGAUUGCGAUGAAACUCAGGGUUGUAGAGGUUAUCAAUACGAGAAGAAAACUGGAAAAGUUGUCGGUUCUGUUUGCACUCAUUUUACUCUAACGGGAAGAUGGAAUAAAUUUAAUAAAGUAGACGGACCAAUGAAAUUUAUAAUGGAAAAGGGAAGUUGUCAUAAAUGUAAAUAUAUGCCACGUUCCUAUAAGACAAUAGAGAUAAUCAAGUCAACUAAAGAUAAAACAAAGAAUGUAAACUAUAUAAAAAUGCUAACGGAAGUAAAAUCAACUGAUGAAUGCGUUCAUGAAUGCAAUGCUAUGUCUUAUUGUUACGGCUUUACAUAUGAACCUCACGCGAAGCAAUGCGAAUUAUUGAAAAAUAAUGGUAGCAUUGUGUAUUCAUCCGAAGAAACGGAGGACUGCCAAUGCGCUGUUUUCUAUGAGAAGAGAAGCUGCCAACCAGAAGAUACCAGACCAAAAGUUGGGCUUGAUUAUAACUCUGGUUGUACAAAUGUAUGUGCUAAUACGAAAUCCAAUAAUUUUAAAUGUCAAUUAAAUAAUAUGGCUUAUACCCUAUUUGACAACUAUACCGACACGUGCUUAGAGGAUGGAAUGAAAACUGGGCUUCCUUGUUUUAAAAUGAUAUUAAGUGUGGAAAAUAUCACUUCAAAAGUUGAAGUAUCAGUUAAUCCGUGCAUUCCUGCCGAAAGAUUCCUUAUUUACAAACCAGUUUCCAAUCCCACAAAAUAUUCUACUUGUAAAAAUGUUGGUAAAUCAAACGCCUUUACAGGAGGUUGUAAAUAUCUAUGCGAAACUGGAAAAUACCGUUCAGUGGCUGUCGAUAUACUUGACAGCUCUUUAAAAAGUGGAACAACAACUGCUAAAAAAUUUUGUGAAAUCCUGGUGGAAGUAGAUGGUAAACCUGUAAAAUUACAACCUGUGGGAGAUUUUCUUAAAGGAAUUUGCAAAGCUAAAUAG